GUGUCAGGUUUGUUAUGGUUGAUCAGCUGAUUGUGACCCUGCAAGGCGUUUCCCUCCAUGGUGAUACACAGGCGGCGGAACACCUCCCCGCCGCCCCCACAGUAACGGCUGGUGGAAAGGAAGCCCUGAGGCACGCCCGCCAGGACUGUUUGCGGCUACUUCCCCCGGCUGUGUUGCAAGGCACACGGGAGACUCAGCAGCCUGCACCAGUGCUAAAUGUUGGGAGCCGGGCGAGCAAGACUUUCAAACCCAAGAAGCACAUCCCUGAGGGCACCCACCAGUAUGAUCUGAUGAAACAUGCCGCCGCCACUCUUGGCUCUGGUAACCUGCGGUCGGCAGUCAUGCUGCCUGAGGGGGAAGACCUUAACGAGUGGGUGGCGGUUAACACAGUGGACUUCUUCAACCAGAUCAACAUGCUGUAUGGGACCAUAACAGAGAUGUGUACGGAAGACUCGUGCCCUGUUAUGUCUGCUGGACCCAAGUACGAGUACCACUGGGCUGACGGACAGACAGUCAAGAAGCCCAUCAAGUGCUCAGCCCCCAAGUACAUUGACUACCUCAUGACAUGGGUGCAAGACCAGUUGGAUGAUGAGACCCUCUUCCCCUCAAAGAUAGGUGUACCAUUCCCAAGAAACUUCCAGAGCAAUGCCAAAACCAUACUGAAGCGACUCUUCCGGGUUUAUGCACACAUUUACCACCAGCAUUUCUCGGAGGUGGUGCAGCUAGGGGAAGAGGCCCACCUCAAUACUUCCUUCAAGCACUUCAUAUUCUUUGUCCAAGAGUUUCAGUUGAUAGAGCGGAAGGAGCUGGCACCCCUCCAGGAGCUGAUUGACAAACUCGCUGCCAAGGACCGAUGAUUCUGAAUGGGGGAGGUAUUUGUCGUACUUGAGGGUUGGGAGCAUGAUUUGAAGUAGGGUUGGGGAAUUUCCUGUGCUGUCCAGGCAUAUUAAUCCACACCUCAAAUAAGUUUUUAGUGAAGUUUGUGAAAUAUGCUCUCUUUGACAUACAGUGGGAUGAAAACCAGUUGUGCUUUCUUUGUCUUUGAACUGCACAGCAAGAUUCGUCGAUCUUACAGAAGGGGGAAGAAUUUUCUCUCAUGUGCCUCCAUACAUUAAAACUGUAGACAACUGGUUUGAUUUUUCAGGAGGUAGUAGGUAAAUCAUGCAAGUGUUAUAUGGAAUUGAUAACAUAUUGUUGUCAUAUCUUCAACUCAAAAAAUAACUAUUAGGGCAGGUUCCCUCCCUUAGCUUGGGAGUAAACUCUUUCAGAUUCAGAUGCCUUACCUUUGUGCAUUUCUCCCAUCUAUUAUUACUAGCUAAUAGGGCCACACCAAGUAAUGCCAUGUCAAGUUGAAACCAAAGCACUUACCACCAACUCCUUGAUUGGCUUGGCCAUAAUAGCCAGUAAUUUUCUUUUCAUAUAUUUUUUUAAUCCAUGUUCUUCCUCCAUUCAUUAGCUUUGUUCUGUAAGUGUAGUUGAAGACAUGAUUCAUUAUUCUUAAGUAUUCAAAUUGAUGGGAAUCGCACAGUAUAAAGGUGGUUGGGUUAAGCAUUAAUUCAUAAGCAUCGUUCAGUUGUUUAUGCAAGUGCAUCACAAUGCUGCACACAUGCUUGCCAUUGCUGCAUUUUAGCACAUUUAGUUUUCUCUUACAAAAGCAUUUUCAUUCAUCAUGGUUAAUUCUAUACUACUUGUAAUAAUUUAUGGUCUUAGUGUUGGAGUCCAAUCAUACCAUAAAGGCUUUGUAGCUUCAUGUUGUGUCACCCACUUCUAGUUGCACAGUCAAGAUUAUUUUAGCUCUUUAGGCUACUUUAAAACAAGAAUGAAAUAAUAAAUAUACAGUUUCUUUCAUCACAGUGCAAUGCCAGCCAAUUUUAAAAGCACUAAGUGGAAUUUAAUUUCAUUGGAGUCAAGUGUGCUCCUGUUACUUGUGCAUUUCUCAACACUUGCACCUAACAGUCUUCCACAAAGUGUCAGAUUUACUGUUCUCAUGCAACCACAUUAGGCACUACAUUUUUCCAGAGUGAGGAAGGCUGGACAACACUUUGUACACAGUUGAGUUGUGAGGUUGUGAAGAGGGCUGUUGUGUGUAUGGGGCAACAUGUAGUUCAUUUAUGAAGCCGCAGUGGGAUUUAUGCCACUGUUUUUCCAUUACAUUCUUUAAAUAAACGAGUCAGUGGAUAGGCAGUUUGAAGAGUGAUUAUCCACAGUUAUUUGAUUUUAUUAAACAUGUAAGGGCUUACAGAGCAUGACAACAUAAAAAAAAAACUGUGGUUCAUACUUUCAAUUAUAACUGUUGAGGAAGCUUUAGUAAAUUAUUACACUUGCAGUAAUAUAGAUAAAUUAUAUUAUCUGCUUGCAGAGAUGGAAAUAAUCUUUCCCAGCAAAUAUGCAGAAGUGUAUCCAAUAGUUACUCAUCAGUGAAAAACCCAGAAAACCCAGUCAUUAGAGUACUCAGGAUUGAGAUAAUUUCUCAGGGUCUUUCUGUCAGUCUCAUUGUCAGAUUCUGGAAAGGAUUUACAUGAACAGGUGUUAUAUCACAGCAGACAUGUACCUUUUGAGAUAGUUUACAUUUCUAUCUGUAAGCCCUGUCUGAUUUUAGUUCUUGUAGACAAGCUCUAAUGUCAUUCAUUGAUUUUGUUCUUCUCUUUCUAAGAAAUACUGCUAAUGCACAAGGAUUCUGAUGAUAAUGCUACCAGUUGUUGUUCAGUAAUAUUGGGUGGAGAGAGGUUUGUGAUUCUUUCAACUGAACAAUUUUGAGUUUGCUUGGAUGUUAAGAUCCUAUAAAUGUUACAGAUCUGUGAAUUGGAUAAUGUGUUCGUGUUGGCAUUCAGGCUGCUAAAAGUGUAAACCUGAGUUGACAUAACUGAUGUUCAUUAGCAUUGCAGGAAAUUGUCAACCCAUUUAUUUUGGCCAGAGUUAUAUAGCUGAGCAACCAUAAUGUAAGGGUAUUAUGAUUCUUUGGUGCUGAAGUCAAGGUGAAGCACUGUGCACUUUGACAUAGGGGUCUCGUCUGUAUACACUAUGUGGAAAUGUUAAUUAUUUCAUAUUUGAAGUUUCAUUAGGUGGUGUUAAAUUUGUGGUGUUCACCCUUCUUGCUGCAGCAGGUUUAAGGCUUUUGGUGGGGUGAUGGAGAGCCAGUAUAUGAUUUUUUAUUUUUGUAUUUUUUUCAAAUAUGUGACAUGCCAACUUACAUAGAAAACCUGGAAGGAAUUACUUAACCCUUUCCAUCUGUGACGCCGAUGUUGGCGUCACAGUAUGGAAAGGGGCAAGAGGAAAUGGAAGAGGAUUAAUCCUCUUCUAAACCUCUAAAUUCCUCUUAAUCCUCUUCCAUUUCCUCUUAAGAGGUUUAGAAGAGGACUAAUGGUGACACUGUCGGACGCCAACGUCGGCGUUGCCAGAGUGAAGGGGUUAACAGUUACGUGAAAGGUUUCAAAUGUUUAUACAAAGUUAUUGCUUCAGUUAGAUAGGACAAAUAACACUUGAGAAAUUUUCAAGAUAGGUAAAAAAUUAUUAUAGUCUUCAUGAACCAGGGUUGGCAGUGAUUAAAUCAUUGAUUUUUUUACAAAAAAAAAUCAUGAUUUUUUUAUUUUUGACUAAAAGUAUUCCAUACAUUAAAUGAUGUGCUCCAAAGAUGGUAAUGUAAAACAACCUUAUCAUGUGCAAUGAUUCAUUUAUUCUCUUAAAGGUAUAUAUAUUUAAAAAAGAAAAGAAUCCUACAAUAUUAUAUCCUCUUACUCUAAUGUUGCCAACUUGUCAUAUGUUUUUUACUAGGUAAAAAAUCAGCCUCCUUUAGUCUUUACUAACUUGGCAGGCAGUGUAUCAAUAAUAACCAAGGUUAGCAACCAACCAACCAAACCGUAACAGAAUAAAAGUUGAUAUUCUUCUCUAUGGUAAUAAUAUAAUAUGCUGUCAUGAAAAUGACAACUUAAGGCAACUCUAUCUGUCCUAAACCUGGUCCUGUACCAACUACAAACAAGUAUGUAUCUGGAUCCUUGACUGUGCUCCGACUUACAGGCCCUAAACUUAAACUUAACGUAACCUAUGGAGACUUUCAAAUCACUCAGCAGGAUAUAUCACCAACCCUGUCAUGAACCAAUGAAACCAAGUAAAGUUAAAUCCUAAGUUCUGAAAAAAAUUGUAUUAGGUAAGAGUGUUUCUUCCAUCCAAAGGUUGUGGUUGCACAUUGCCUUUUCUUCAUUUGAUCCCAAUAUGUUCAAUAUGUUAUAUAAAUAUGUUAUAUAAUAUAUAUAUAUAUAUAUAUAUAUAUAUAUAUAUAUAUAUAUAUAUAUAUAUAUAUAUAUAUAUAUAUAUAUAUAUAUAUAUAUAUAUAUAUAUAUAUAUAUAUAAUAUGGGCUGUCUCCUUUUUGCCACUUGAUCCUCAUCCACCCAGAAAUGGCUGUCAGUCAACAUCAUCAGACAGUGGCAAUAGAUCAUGAAAUAUCUUAAGUAGAACUUUUACUGGUGGUGACAUUGGCGGGUCACAAGCUCGUGGAAAGCAGUGUGAAAAAGCCUCAUUCUCUCCCUCUCUUUUUCUUAGCUAGCUGGCUUCUCCCUUUGUGUAAGAUUAGAAAAUAUCAACUGGAAAAAGUGCACAUGGAGAAACCAGUUAGCUGAGAGGAGAGUGGAAGGGGAUGAAGCUUUCUCACAUUGCCUCCCACGAGUUUCUGACCCAUCAUGGCAUCACCACCAGUAAGGUAAGGUUUUACCGAAGAUAUUUUCUUAUCUGUCGCCAUUGUGCCUCAGUGGUCAGCAUGUCCAGCCUCAUAUCAACAGGCUGGGUUUUGAUCCUGACCUGGGCAGAUGGGAUGCAGCCCCCAAAGAUGUUCAUUCUUGCUUUCAGGCUGGUUGAUAAAUGGCAACUGGGGGAACUUGGGGAAAGUAAAUUGUGUUAGCCUAGACACUUGCCCUGUAUCCCGGGUUAAUGGGUUCUUAGUCACCAGAGGUGACGGAGAUGAGAGCACGGAGGCAAUGCUCAGUUUCAGUGGAUGCUCCCAACUUCACAUUUAUGUAGUUUACAUACAAACAGACAAGGGGGGUAUAAUAUUUACUUUCAAUUACUUGACAUGAUUGUCCUACUACUAUUAUUUUUACUAGUUAUCACUUAUUAGUACCUGGUCUUAUUACUAUUACAGCCAUUACUUUUUAUGCAACACCAAUGAUAAAUAUAAUCAGUACUUAGCUACUACUGUCAUUUUGUAAACACUCGGUGACAUUUGCACCUAUUACUGUUACCCCAUGGCUGCACAUCACCACCAGUGCAUGAAGGAUAUAUGAAUAUUCUAUGGAAACUUGAGGGUGGUCAGUUUACUUACUAAAAUGUUAAAUUUAUAAUUAACAGAUAUUCAUAUAACUACCCAGCAGGACAUGGUAAAUAAAUUGUUGGUAGCAGGAAUUGCUUUUGUUACUGGGCUGUUAGGCAAUAGCAGUAUCACAUCCAAAUUCAGUUAAUACUUGAAGAUCAAGAUUUUCUCCCAAGUCACCAUCAGGAGGCCAAGUAGCUUACAAAUACUUCAAGUGAAUUUGUUCACCCAAGGGGGAUGGAGGCACUGCCCCUCUGACUAACUUCCUUUGAAUCUGAUAUCAAAACUAAGCUGAAUGGUUCACGCCCCAACACGAACUGUGUCCCUAAGAUUAAAGGUCUGGUGAUGUGCCUGAAUGGAGGAGAGGUAAUAUCAGGCAGAUGGUGCCUGUGUGGGGAAGUGUAAGGAGUGUCAUGAAAGGAACACAUCCUAACAUUAUAACAUUAUUGGAUUGCUUGAAUGUUGCAGUACAUCCAUGAUUUGAAACCAUGAUAUGAAAAUGUGCUUACUCACCUGCUUACCUGAAGCCUUCACUUUCACCAGUAAGAAGUGAGAAGUGACAAAGAGGAGGCUUCUUCCCUUUACUUUCAUCUCAUGAUGUGGUUAAUAUUCUUGAUUAUCUGAAAAGUUGAACAUUUCAUUGUAAUUGCUCUGUUUGCCUGUGUAAGUCUGGUCCUGUAUAAAAAAUAAUUGAUUUUUGUAGAAGUAAAUGUCUGCAAACAGAGGCAAUAAGGUUAACACCGUGCCUCCUCACUCAUGCAGGCAAUGAGAGAGGGGCAAGAGUUAAUGUGGGAAGUCCAUAAGAUCAACUAGAACAUAAGCAGGUAUUCUGGGAAAACUAUAAUAAGGAUUAUUUGUUAGGAAUCAAAUGAAUGAACAAAAUUUUAUUUAUACCUCAACAGUGAUAUGGGUUGACACUGGGACCCACUUUUUCUUCUAGUAAGGUGAAAAAGCUACUGUUGAUGCCAUUUUUGCUCCAGUUGAUCUCAAGAACAUGUUAUGGAUGUACAUUCGAUGCUUUAAUUUGGUUGAAUUAAAUUUUCAGGAACUUUUUUUACAUACAGUAAAAGGAUUUGCUGCUUAAAUUUGAAGCAUUUCAAAGUGAGCAGCAUGACUUGUGCCAUCUAAGUUAUAUUGGCAACUGUGGAGUUGAUUGCCCCACUGUUAAGCAGCUCCUUCUCUUGAAUUACCAAUGUUGCAUUAGUACUAUUACAAUUAUGAUUUACUUCUAUGUUAAACUUUUUUGGCUGUCAUGUUUCCUGGAGGUCUACUUUAUUCUGUUAUCUAUACUUGCUGCAGUAAGGGGGUUCACAAAAGUUACUUGUAUGAUUAUAUUGGUGAAUACCAGUCAAUAAUGUAUUCUAGAGGACUACAUAAUUUAGCCCCAAUAACACAAGUGAAGCAUAAAUACAUAUCAUUUAAGUAAUUGGAUUAAUGCAAUAAUUUUGCCCUGUAACUCGGAACAAGAGCAUCAAAAUGUGGAUAACCUUACACUGUCAAAGAAUUAUGUGAUGAUUCAUUAAGUAAAAAGUUUUCAUUCAGUAGAAAUUUGCUUAUAUAACAGCUGUGAUGAGCUUGCAAAAGCUUGUUGGGCUUUCUUUAUAGUUGUUGAUUUCAAUGUUGACAAAUUAUUUAUUUUUAUCAUUUUCCCAUUAAAGAGAGAAGCAUGGCUUUGGAGGAUGGAGGUGAUGUAAUCUGUGGUUGUAGACGCUAUAGUUGCUGUGAAAUUUUGUUUACAUAUUUACUUUUUGUUGGUAUUCUUUGAUUAGGUUGAUGCUUGAAUCUCUCAAUGCAAACCCAAUAUUUGUAAAAUAAUUGAUGUUUGUAUAUUUCUUUCUAAACAAAGCAACGCAUAUGUUAUAAUACAUUUAAUUCAUAUUCAUGCUUAUUUGUUGGUGGAAUAUUUUAAGAAAAUUCCAUUUCUCUUGUAAAUAAAGAAAUUAGAUUUAGUAAACCUAGUAUUUUUUGUUAUGACAUACUUUUAAGUCACAUGCAGUCCAUAACUGAAGAAUUAUUUUAUGACAUAUUAAACAUGUUAAUUUAUGCCACACCAAAGAAUAAGGUGACAAGUUACCUUGAUUGUGGAUCUUUCUCUGAUAUCUCAAAUAUGAAUCUACUAGAGGAGAAGUUGUGUGAGCCCAGACGCUGCCAACAGUUAGCUAGGAUUGCUUGUCAUUAUAGGAUAGCCAACCACUAGGAAGAAUGAGAAAAUGACAACAGUUUGAUUCCGGUGGGGGACUGCUUCCUAAAGCAUCAACCGUCCCAUGAUAGCUAUGUCCCAAUCACUCCAUUUUUAUUUUCCUCAUGGCCAGAAGUAAGUUUAUUACAAAGUUUUGGAAUGAGAAAAUAUAUAAAACAAGACGGUAUUGAGCCUUGAACUUGAUACUGCAGAGUCAGUUAAUUCAAUCUUAAAUUUCCGCAUUUGUCAGUUGAGCCUAUAGUUCCUAUGGACGGCACAAUACAAGAGGGUCAGAUUCCAGUCAGUAUGUAAAGUGUAUAGAUCAAUGUAACUAAUUACCCAAAGUACUAAUCACUGUAAUUCAUAUUUUAUGAACCUUGAGUCAUGUAUUUGAGUUUCAAUAAAUAUUUUUAUCUUACAAA